CGACAAGAACUAAACGAAACAACAAUCAAACUUUUGUUCCAAUACUAAAAACCGCCGCUUGUGAGGCUCUCCAUUGUAGGUCUUUCCAUAUUUUUUUCCACGUCCGCCAUUUUAAUAGAACACUAUUCACUUUUUCGGUCGUCGACAACGACUGUGAUCAGGAAGAGAGUCUUAACAUUGUUAUUUAAUUUUUCAUUCAUUUUUGUUUAGACAUAUUCAAUUAGUAGUAAUCGUGUUUGAAUAGAAAAAAUCGAUCACGAAAACCCGAACGAUUGGAAGAAAACAAACAUAUAUAGAACUAUUGAAAAAAUUAUCUCAUUGGAAUUUGAAAACUCUAUAAUAGGUACGAGUAUAAUACGAUCAUGGGAAACGUGUUUGCAAAUCUAUUCAAAGGCCUUUUCGGCAAAAAAGAAAUGAGAAUAUUGAUGGUUGGUUUGGAUGCUGCCGGUAAAACAACUAUAUUAUACAAACUAAAAUUAGGUGAAAUUGUGACAACGAUACCAACCAUUGGUUUCAAUGUGGAAACGGUAGAAUACAAGAAUAUUAGUUUUACUGUAUGGGAUGUGGGUGGCCAAGACAAGAUUCGUCCACUUUGGAGGCACUACUUCCAAAAUACACAAGGCUUAAUUUUUGUGGUCGACAGUAAUGAUAGAGAGCGAAUUGGCGAGGCACGAGAAGAAUUAAUGCGAAUGUUAGCCGAAGAUGAGCUUCGAGAUGCAGUCUUACUGAUAUUUGCCAACAAACAGGAUCUACCAAACGCAAUGAAUGCAGCUGAAAUUACUGACAAGUUAGGACUUCACUCGUUAAGAAAUCGUAACUGGUACAUUCAGGCAACAUGUGCAACAAGCGGCGACGGAUUAUACGAAGGUCUUGAUUGGUUAUCCAAUCAACUGAAAAACGCUAACCGCUAAAAUCACUAUAAGCAGAAACCACUAAAACAGUUGUCACAUAUACUUAUUUCCUGCAAACAACAUCAACAACAUUGAAAUAAUUUUGUGUGUGUAUUCUCGCGAUCAAUAUAAAGAAGAUGGCAGGAAAUUCAGGCGAUACUUGCUAAAACACGAAACAACCUUUCAAACCAAUAUAACUCGGAAACAAACUAAUUUUCACAGCAGCACAUUGAGAUAAAUUGAAAGUGGAAUAGUAAAAUAAAUGAAAUACAAUAAAUAUAUGAAAUAGGCAAGAUUGAGAAAUAAUGUGUUAAUUGAAUAAAAACACACACACAGAACUAAACAUUAAAUAUUAAAUUUUUAGGUAUAAUUUAAUAUUUAAUAAAAUAGUACUAAUGAUAAUUUAAACAAAAAAUGAAGAAGACAAAGGUUAAAGGAAAAAAGUAAAUGAAAACUAUGAACAUAACUAAAAAAAAUUAUUGUUAAGUGAAAUGGCAACAGAUAUACACACACACAUAAAUACACAACACACACAUACGUAUAUAUAGAUAUUUACAAUAAACCGUAAAAUUGAAAUUAAGCAGAAA